UCUGGUGAUUGGUGACUACAGAGAAGAGAAUGUACUGGUGCAGCGAUUCACGCAAUGUGGACGUUGUUGACGCUGAAGACGAGGGAUUUUCAGUUUCAUGUUCUCAGGGCCAUCGAUCUUCGUUGAACCUCCGAACUCACGACGGCGCUUCCGUCUGCCUCGUCUGCUUCUCCAACCUCCUCUCCAAUCCUCUCUCUCCAACCGUCCAUGUCUCCUAUGCUCUCUCCCAGCUCUCUCGAUCCCUCUCACUGCCUCACUUCCUUCAACCGCUUCUCACAUUCCAUCCUCACUUUCUUCUUUCGCCUCUCGUCGCCGCCCUCUCCUCCUUCCACGACGAACCGAUCGCUGCACAGCUCACGCAUCUCAUCCUCGCCCUCUCUGCGUCCGCCGAUCCUUCCGUUUCCCGCGAAUUCGUCUCUAGGGUUUCCGAUCGCAUCACUUCCGGUGCUUUCGGUUGGUCUUCCCCUCAGCUGCACUUGCUUCACUGCCUUGGGGCUCUUCUGAAUUGUGAGAGGGGUGAUGAUCUCCAUAAACACAUAAAGGACAUAGGUAACCUCAUUUCUGUUCUUGUUACGGGCCUUCAGUUGCCGAGUGAGGAGAUUCGAGGGGAGGUCCUCUUUGUCCUUUAUAAACUAUCUGUUCUUGAAAGUACAUCAGCAGAGGGAGAUGGAAGUGAUAUGUUGAUUCCCUUUUGUCCACAGAUGUUGUACCUGUUGGUCGAUGUGCUCAUGAAGACUCAAAAUGACGAUGUUCGCUUGAAUUGUAUUGCACUUUUGACUAUGCUGGCUCGAAGAAAUUUGCUCAGGGAAGAAUGUGCAUAUGAUACUUAUAACAUCUCUUCCAAUGAAAGAGUUGACGCUAAAGAAACUGAAGAUGGCACCAAGGGCACAACUCUAGUAAAUCUGUUUGCUGAAGCCAUCAAAGGCCCAUUACUUUCGUCAGACAGUCAAGUUCAAAUCGGCACUCUAGAUUUACUCUUUCACUAUUUGUCUUCAGUCAAAACUUCAGACUAUCAGAUUCGAGUCUUGGUGGAAGAAAAUAUUGCAGAUUAUUUAUUUGAAAUAUUAAGAUUGUCUGAGUACAAGGAUCCAGCAGUCAAGAUGUGCCUUCAGGUAUUGGACCUUUUAUCAACUGCUGAGGAAACUUUUAAACUAAGACUCGUUGUUGGAAUUUCAACUCUUAUCCCAGCAUUACAUUAUGUGGCGGAUAUUCCUUUUCACCCUGUCCAGUGUGCCACACUGAAGCUCAUUUAUGAAUGCAUUUCGGAGUGCCCUGGAUCUGUAUCAAUUUCUCAAAUACAGGAACUGAUUCUUGUUUUGAUAAGAAUGCUUGGGAAGCAUUCUGAUGGAGAAAUGGGUAUGAUUCCCGAGACCUUUAUAAUGGUCUGCUCCGUCUUUGUGGCUCUUAUAAGAUAUCCAUCUUGUACUGGAGCUCUAGAUCUGUCAAAAUCAAUCGGGGAAGCAACAAGACAUGCCAUUUUAGCUUGUCUCUCUGUCUCUGAAAGGAAUGCCAACCAAAUUUUGCAAUGCUUGUACCUCCUUAAAGAGGCAUAUGCAUACAGUCACGAUGGAAACUCCAGUAACUCUAGUAAGCUGGAACUUCAAAGCAGUAUUCUAGAUACAUGCAGUGCCUAUUUACUGCCUUGGCUUGUAAUGGGCAUCAAUGAAAUGGAAGAGGACAUUGCCCUGGGAUUGCUGGAAACUUUUCAUUCGAUACUGCUUCUGCAGUCUAGUAUUAAUGCCACGGAAUUUGCAGAGACUUUGAUUUCAGUCGGUUGGUUCAGUUUUUCAUAUGAAUGCCUGGGUUUGUUUACAGGAGAUAGGAUGAAAAAUAGAAUAUAUUUGUUGCUAAGUUCACUCAUGGAUUCUCUACUAGGGAAUGAUUCUGGACAACCAAUUAGAGAGGCUAUUCUACACCUGUCUCACGAUCCUAUCGAUUUACUCUUUUUGCUUGGGCAAAGGAGUACUAACAGUUUGGAUUUGCCUUCUUGUCAAUCUGCUAUUUUUCUGAUUUUGUACACCAGUUCGUUAUAUGAUGAAAGACUUGCAGAUGAGAAGUUGAUUUUAGCUUCUCUUGAACAAUAUAUUCUUCUCAAUAGGAGUGAUUUUCAUCAUCGGACCACCGAUAAUAUGACCGUGACACGACUGGUGAAUCUUUACAGUUUGUUAAGGGGUCUUGACAAUACGAACUACCCAAUUCACUACAGUCGAGAAGCGGAGGAGAUAAUAUUCCAGCUCAUAAACAACGGUGAAUGGGACUUACUUUCAGCCAGAAUUCACACAGUAUCAUUGAAGUGGUUGUUUCAGCAAGAUAACAUAAUCAACUCAUUAAGCCAUCAGAUUUUGAAAUUCUGCAGAAGCUAUAACAUAGAAGAGACUGACAUAAUUAUUGGAAACAAUAAUCAAAAUGUAAAUGUACAGACACUAGCAGAGUUAGUAUCAACUGAAGAUAACUACGGAGCUAGAAUUUUUGUGUGCCUAUUAGCACAGCUCUUGGAGGAAGAAAGCCAUGAGUGUGACGUAGUAUGUGUUCUUAAUGUCGUGGCAACUAUGGUUCAUGCCUACCCAACUGCUUGUGAGCAAUUAUCUUUGCAUGGAAUAGCGACAACAAUCAGGAGUUGGUUUUAUUUGAAUAAUUCUUUGCCCACAACAACUUACAUGUCCAUCUUGAUUUUGGUUUUUAACACUUUGAGUUCAGUGCAUCCUCAAACACUGUCUGCUGAUCAAAGUUGGGUUGCGGUAACCAUGAAGGUGUUACAAGGACCAAAUGAAGUAGAUUACAGCAGAGCCAUUGUUACAGAUGAGGUUGAAAAAUACUGUGAUCUGACAUUACAAAAGUUUUAUAACCCCCCAACUAUCCCUAAACAUUCUAGAAAACACAAUGAUUUAGUUAAUGAUUGUUCUCACACCACGUUACCACUUCUGCAGAUGAUGGAGUAUUCAAUUCCAUCCGAAAAGGUUGAUAUCUUAAAUGACGAAAGUCUCUUCGUUAUUGGCAUUCUUUCCUUUAUUAUGCAUCUUUCCACCAAGAAAACACUUGAAGAGACUUCAAAGGCCAUUCUAUUUAAUACUUCCAUAAUCUCUUUGGUCAACACGGUAAUUUGUGCUGCUUCUUCGAAGGGACAUGCUUUGGUAGACCACGACGAGGGAACAAGAACCGGAGAAACUUUAAUAUUUUUGCUUUUGCUUCAUUACUUCGCCGUUAAAAGCUUGCAUGCUAUCCUACCAGGGUUUGUGGAUUGGCAAAGCUUCCUUGUUUCAAUGAAACCAUCGGAGCCACUCGCCUUCAUUGGCAUCCGUUGCCAUGACUUGUGCAGACUCCUGCAUUUUGGUUCUCCUGCAAUCAAGAUAGCUGCUUCUUAUACUCUGUUGGAGUUAUUUAACAGAAUAUCAGAUCAAAUAAACAAUAAUCAUGAAGAGCUGAGAUGUAAUGUUGGGUACUUGAUGUCCAUAAGGAGUAUAUUGGAAGGGCUGGUCUUCUAUAAUGAUCUGAGAGUCGCUACAAAUUGUUGCCUCUGCCUGUCAAUGAUUCUGGGAUGGGAAAAUCUGACAAACAAAACCAAACUCUUAGAAGGGAGUAGCUGGUGUAGACUGAUUAUUGAGGAGAUGACAGUAUCUUUUGCAGCUCCUGCUUUAGCAUCGCAGUCAUUCAUGAACACACAAAGUCCUCAAGUAUUUAUAGCUAUAGCUGUGCUGAAACUGUGUAAAAUCCCUCAGUGGAUGAGAUCUGUGUUUGAUAGUUCAAGUAUAUCUGGCAUACUGGAUAAUCUUACUGCAAGUAACUUGAGUUCGGAGAUUUUGGUUUUAUUUCGAGAACUACUGAAAUCUAACUUCUUAAGUACAGAACAAAUUGCAACUAUAAAUCAAAUGCUCCAGGAAUGCAGAAAGCGCAUUUACACUAACAAUGCUCAAGAGGAUCUCCCAAAUGAGGCGAUAAAGAAGGACCUCACCGCAUCGUAUGAUACGGGAGACAUUUGUGAGUUUCUCAUUGAUUUAAUGACAUCAGAGGCAUACAUAGAUACGGGCAGUAGAAAGCUCUUAGAAGAAAUAGAGAUGUUUUACAGUUCCUUGUCUGUAGAUGAUGGUGAUUGUAGGUAGCUUUGGUUUUUGAUCUAAUCCAUGGGACACUUGAAUUUGGCAACUAACAAAAAGGACAUGUCUAGAAUUCGUUGACGAACUAAAAGAAUGUUUCUGUGAGCCUAGACAAUUAAUUUCUAAAUAAAAUUGAUUUUGAA